AUGGCCGUCACUCUUCUCGACCUCCCCGCCACCAUCAUGGAGGGCAUCGCCAAACUGCUGUGUCCCCAUUGCCAUCCCCGACCCAAAGAGAAGAUCGAAAAUCAUUCCAUUUGCUGCAGCCUUCGUUGUUGGGUCCCAGCGACGCUUGCGGAUCGAAAAGGCCUGGCCAGCCUGUGUCGGGCAAACAAGGCCCUUCACGCCCUGGCGACGCGCUACCUAUACCACCAACCACAUCCCUGCGUGCUGGGGAAUGUAAAGACCAUGUCUCGCCUAUACAGGACAAUAACCUCGAGGCGCCCCGAGUUGGCCAAGUGCAUCAAGUCGGUGAACGUCGAAAUGCCCGGCAAUGCUACCCAGACAUUCGGAACCCAGGACGGCUCCAGGUUUCUCUACGCCAACCUUCCGGCCUUAUUCGCCGCAUCGUGUCCCGGCCUGGAGGAGCUCUGUGUCCGGCACAUGACGGACACCGAGCUCAUGACCGAAACCCUGCCGUCGCUGCCGUUCCCUCCCGCCGGCUCGCUGCCGAGGCUCCGUGCUCUGCAUGUGUGUUCCUAUGGGGCCGGCUUCAUGGGCAUCAAAGACCUGGUGCCCCUCCUGAGCACGGCGCCCGGCCUCACAAGCCUGUCCAUCGACUCGCUGGUGGAGAAGGAGGUCUUGGAGCACGCCGACCUCCCCGUCAUGGCCGACCUGCGCGAGCUCGCGCUCUUUUACUGCGAGCUCAACGUCCCGCUGCUCGACUUUGUGCUCCGCCGCUGCCCCGCGCUCGAGCGCCUGACUGUGCACGACCUGGUCUGCAACCGCGAGGAUGCCCACCCGAGCGACGUCUGGCGGACCACGCCGCAGGCGCUGGCCGACACCAUCGUCGACGCCGCGCCGGGCCUCCGGUUCCUGCGGCUCCGCCUCAAGCGCGACGCCUGGCCGGGCGCGCGCUGGAGCGACCGGUCGUUCUCGCGCGACGAACGCUUCCGCUCGCUCAAGGGGCUUCACCAUCUCGAGGAGCUGAGGCUGGAUUACGGGUCCAUGUGGGCGCCGAGUACCAUCUACUGGCCGGAGGAGGAGGAAGAGCACGAGGGCGAGCACGAGGACGGGGAGAGCCAGGACGGGCAAGGUUUUGGGGAUCUCAACCCCGACACGGACGGCGAUGACGACGAUGAUGGCGGCGAGGGCGAGGCGGAGGAGUACGAGGACGCCCUUGGCCAGUUCACCAACCUCCUCCCGCGGCCCAUCCGCCUCGUGCACUGGGAGGGGAUGGGCUUGCCGAUACCGGCCGCCCUGAAGGCGCUGACCGAGCGCUGCGGCGACGAGUACCCCAGCCUCAAGGUCUUGCACGUUCAUAGGAAGAAGUGCGAGCUGGAAGUGGUACCGACGUACAAGUUGCACGAGUAUCUCCGCGAUAUCAAGGACGCCCUCGCCGGCGUCGACAUUGAGCUUCGCCUCAAAGACUGGAGCUGGAAGUGGGGGAGGCCCCAGCCCGAAGCCUGAUGUUUGUUGCCCGUUAGAG